AUGUCAUCCAGAAACCCCUCGACAUGGGACGAGUACGACCGCGGCGGCUCUCCGGACAGGACCGGUAGUAUCUCUUCCACCGGCGGCCGCAGCGUCCAAUUCGACGAUGAUUCCUACCUCGACCAGGCCCCGGACGGCGAGGGGCAAGACACUGAAUGGCAUUCGAACCUCAGACGAAGAAGAUCCUCGGUCACUAGACAUCUCGCCGCCCUCACAGAUCUCGGAGGCGUGAACAGCAUCCGGUCCUUCACCCGAAGCUGGCAGCGAGCCGCCGCUUUCGCCGAGGUCAUCCCCCAGCGGCCGUCGUUCGUCUUCGCCCCCGACCAGGAGCCCACCACCGCACCGGAGACCAUCCAGUAUGGCCGCGGCGACGUCGAGCGGGGCCAGGUCCGGACGUCCCUGCUGCGAGAGCACCUCGAGGCCUCGCCGUCCGAGAACGCCAUCGACGACGACGGGAGCUACCAGGCCGGUGCGAGCGACGAGCCCCUGCUCCAGCGCGACGGCAGCGUCGACUUCCGGGACAGAGAGCGCAAGGCGCUGAGCAAUGAGCUCGGGAGGUCGUUCUCGGUCAGCAGCGGCGCCAACUCCAACUCCAUAUUCGCUAUUCCGCCCCAUCUGGCCACGCCUCCGCUGAUAGGUAGCUAUGGCUCUUAUAGGAGUUAUGGGACCAUCGAGAGCGAUGUUAGCCGGGAGUCGAUGGCUCAUGCUGGUGCUCUAUGGCGGCAGCAACAGGAGGCUGGUGCCAAUGUUCCCGAUGGAGAGGUGGAGCCUAUCCUGGUGAAGGAGGUUGAGCAGGAUGGCAAGAUUAUCCUUGCCGUCGAGGGCCAGUCUACUCUCCCACAAACCAUCUUCAACUCUACCAAUGUUUUGAUCGGCGUCGGUCUUCUCAGCUUGCCAAUGGGUAUCAAGUAUGCCGGCUGGCUAUGCGGGAUGGUCAUUCUCUUCUUGUCAGCAACCGUGACGGCGUAUACCGCCCGCCUUCUGGCAAAGUGCAUGGACCUAGACCCAUCCCUGAUCACCUUCUCCGAUCUCGCCUUCAUCUCCUUUGGGCGUAACGCGCGUAUCGCAACGAGCGUGCUCUUCACCCUGGAGCUGCUUGCUGCCUGUGUGGCCCUCAUUGUGCUUUUCGCCGACUCCCUGGAUCUCCUGUUUCCCGGCAUCCUGACAGUGACGGAGUGGAAGGUGAUCUGCGCGAUACUUAUGAUACCCCUGAAUUUCCUGCCUCUGCGAUUCCUCAGCUUCACCAGCAUCAUUGGCAUUCUCUGCUGCUUUAGUAUUGUGUUGAUUGUCAUCAUUGACGGGCUCAUCAAGCCGCAUUCCCCCGGUUCUCUCAUUGAGCCCGCAAAGACAUACUUAUUCCCCGACAACUGGCUGACCUUGCCGCUGUCUUUUGGGUUGCUCAUGUCUCCAUGGGGUGGGCAUAGUAUUUACCGAGACAUGCGGCACCCGUACAAGUACAACAGGGCAGUGAAGAUUACGUUCUCUUUCACAUACCUGCUAGAUGCGACCACUGCGGUAGUAGGCAUUCUCAUGUUCGGAGACGGCGUGAUGGACGCCAUCACAUCCAAUAUCCUUUCGACAUCAGGCUAUCCCCGCGUGCUGACCUUCAUCGUGUGCGCGCUGAUCGCCAUCAUCCCGCUCACCAAGAUCCCGCUCAACGCCCGACCCAUCAUCAGCACCGCAGAGGUGCUUCUGGGGCUGCACCAGCAGACCGUCUCUGACAACACGGCCCUGACCGGCCGGAGCAUGUACUUCAGGGGCGUCAUGAAGAUCGUCAUCCGCGUGGCCACCAUCGUCGUGUUCCUCGUCAUAUCCAUCCUGUUUCCGGCAUUCGACAGCAUCAUGGCGUUCAUGGGCAGCGCGUUGUGCUUCACAAUCUGUGUUACUCUUCCCGUGGCGUUCUACCUCAAGCUCUUCGGCCAUGAGAUCUCGCCCAGGGAGAGGAUCAUGGACUACAUCAUCAUCACCAUCUGCGGCACCCUGUCGCUCGUCGGCACCGUCUGGGCCUUCUUACCCAAGAGCCUGAUCGGUGCCGAGUAA